AUGGCACCGCCGCGCUCUGCCAGGACUGCCCAGGGCUGGGAUGUGCUCUGCAACUGGAAAACGUGCGGAGGCUGCACGCAGUGCUCGGGGCUCAACCAGCAGGCGUGGGUCGAGUGCGGACGGCAAGGGAGGUGCUCGGAGAGUCCGCGGUGGGCGGACCCGGCCGAGCUGCACCCGGUGCGCUGCUGCUCGGACUUGGAAAAGGACCCACCGUGGCGCAAAAACAAGGAUUGCUCAGUCUGGGCGGGGUCAGAGGGCGGAGGGAUGGGUGACUGCCCUGGCGACAUGACGCUGCUGAAAGCCGAAGCACUUUGCGCGGCCGCCGGCGGACGCCUGUGCACCUCCGGGGAGCUGCUGGACGAUUGCAGCAAGGGAACUGGCUGCGGGCACGACAACGAUCUCGUCUGGUCGGGAGACCGAGCUUCGCCUUCCAAGUCGCCUCCGCCCUCGCCACCCUCACCGUCGUCGCCUCCGUCGCGAUCAUGCCGCAAACGCAUAUCGCUUGCUGUUGGUCAAGUGUGUAUGGACGAGCCCACCUUCGCUGGUAAUGUCGGGGGAACUGAUGCUACGGUGGCGUGUCAGAGUAUGUGCGAGGCAGAUCCAUCGUGCGAGUUUGCUUCCGUCUGGACCACGGGGUGGGCGCAGCCGGAUCCGCCCCGGUGCCCGCCCUUUUGCUUUGUCAAGACGCACCAUUGGAGAGCGGGCCGAGUGGCAGGCGGCGCCGAGUCGACUCGUUACACGCCCAAGUCGACGCGUUGCAGGCGGCGCCGAGACUAUCCGAGGACAACAAUGGGAUACGCGUUUGAGAUUGACGAGCCAGCGGCGAUCAGGGUGCUCACUGUCGCUCAGGUGGAAGGCUGGCGCUGCGAAAGCGUUUGCAAGAAGGACAGCACGGAGAUAACGACCGAAGACCGAGAGAGCUUGGUCAUGUCGAUCCGGCGGGCGCCGGAGCGUCGGAUAGUGGUGACGCACGGCACGGACACGAUGAUCGAGACCGCGCAGUUUGUGGAGGCGUCAGGUGCAGCAGUGGGCAAAUCGGUGGCGUUUGUCGGAGCGAUGAAGCCGGAGCGCUUCAAGGACUCGGACGCUACAUUCAACGUCGGCGUGGCGGUGGGUGUUACGGACGUGCUCCCGCCCGGCUCGGUCGUCGUCUGCAUGGGUGGCCGAGCGAUUCCCGCCGCUCGAUGCAUGAGGGACUUGGACAGUGGCCGCUACUACGACGCAAACAGAGUCCUAGCGUGA